AGAGACGUGAACGCGGAAGCCACUGAGGAUUUUACAUGCAUGAGAUUUGUUUCCUUGUGUAGCUUCUCUCUCUCUCUCUGUGAUUGAGUCUUUCUUCGGGCGGCCAGUUAAAUAGCAGAUAAUGGCAGAAACGGAUGCGGGCGUCGGUGCGGAGACUCUGCAGCGGUAACGUCCAGGACGGACGCUCGAGGUCCAGUUGCGGGUCAAUGGACGCCAGGACUUGAAGUGCUGCUGUUUUGACAGCUGGGUUGAGCCUCCACUACCUGUCCGUCUGCCUCACAGAAAGAGCUGCAGUUUGUUUUUUUGUUGUUGUUGUUGUUUUUUUAAUGCAGUGACAAAUACCUACACCUGUGAAGCUGCGGUAGAAGCGCCAUUAAAAGAAAAGAAAGCGACCCCACCGAGCAGCGGCCAUGGCUUCCACCCGGCUCAAGUACCUCUCCCUGAGCGUGCUGGUGUUCCAGACCACCUCCCUGGUGCUCACCAUGCGCUACUCCCGGACCCUGCAGGCCGACGGCCCGCGCUACCUGGCCUCCUCCGCCGUGGUGGUGGCCGAGGUCAUGAAGAUCUUCACCUGCGUGCUGCUCGUCUUCAAGGAGCACAGUUACAGCAUGCGAGCUCUGAACAGCAUCCUACGCCAGGAAAUCCUUCACAAACCCGUAGAAACACUGAAGCUGGCGAUCCCGUCGGGGAUCUACACACUACAGAACAACCUGCUGUACGUCGCUCUGUCCAACCUGGACGCGGCCACCUACCAGGUGACGUACCAGCUGAAGAUCCUGACCACGGCUCUGUUCUCAGUGUCCAUGCUGGGCCGAAGGCUGGGCGUCUACCAGUGGCUCUCCUUGCUGAUUCUAAUGGCCGGAGUGGCUCUUGUGCAGUGGCCCUCUGAGUCCGCCGUGACCCCGGAGAAGGAGGCCCCGUCUGCAGGCUCCCAGUUUGUGGGUGUCACAGCGGUUCUGGUGGCCUGCUGCUCCAGUGGGUUCGCCGGCGUCUACUUUGAGAAGAUCCUGAAGGAGAGCAAACAGAGCGUCUGGGUCCGCAACAUCCAGCUGGGGAUGUUUGGCUUCGUGUUCGGCCUCUUCGGGAUGCUGGCCUACGACGGCGAGCGGGUGAGGGAGUCGGGAAUGUUUCAGGGAUACAACACAGUCACCUGGACCGUUGUCGCGCUGCAGGCGCUGGGUGGUCUGGUCAUAGCGGCGGUCAUCAAGUAUGCAGACAACAUCCUCAAGGGCUUCGCUACAUCGCUCUCCAUCAUCCUGUCCACUCUCAUAUCCUACUUCUGGCUGCAGGACUUCGACCCCACUGGCGUUUUCUUCGUGGGAGCCAUUUUGGUCAUCGUGGCCACUUUCCUGUACGGCUACGAAGGCAAGCCUACCCCCAACCCCAGCAGGGCGUAGGACACUCGCGGCCGACGCUACGGCGGCAGUAGGAGGUCCUGCUGAAGACUUGGAGGGGAAAGGAGGACAGAGAACUGGAGAAAAAGAAGGUGAAAGGUCUUCACCGUAUAGAGAUCACAUUUAAAAAAAAAAAAAAAACGGAGGAGCAGAGGAAUAGGAAGAGAGGAGGUAAGCAGGCUGGGAACGGAGGACGGUUAAAAAAGAAAAAAAAGCGAGCACAAUGCUGCGAUGGAUCUCACCUCAAGUGCCUCAGCUGAGAAGGAAAAAGCAAUGAGAAAAGAAAACAGGAUUGUGUGUUUUUCUUUUCUUCUGUUAUUACCACUGUAGAGAUAAUCCUGGCUGCCACACCUCCAGAGAUAUUCACCGACUGAUUGUGUUCAUUAGGAACUAGUUUGACUGCCAGUCACUGUUACUGCCGCAUCAAUCACAUCCAUACAACGAAGGAUUACAGAACCCAACGCACGGUUGGAGCUUCUAAAUCCUCUUCAAAGCCACAUUUUUUUCAGAUAUAGUGUAACUGUAGUCUGAACUGUUGUCUUGUUCACCUCAGAGUUGCAGUAUUUAAUGCUCUGACAGUCUUUCUUGUCCCAUUUUGGCCAUUUAAAGCACAUUUUAGGGCCUUUAAUGAGCUCUCCCAGACAAUUUUGCUCUAAAGCUGCGUACAAAACAGCUUCAACAGUCAAAUAAUUCUGAUUGAAAGCGAUCUGGUUUGGCGCUGUGGCUCCAUUCUGCCACAGAGCUGGGAUUUGUACACAACUUUAGAGGCCUUUCUGCCUGGGAGGGAGGCGCAGUUCGGGGCAAAUAAGGUGAAGCUUUAGGCUACGGUAGUUGCAGUGAUCAUAACUUGUAUUGUUUCCUAAAUUAUGGUCCUCAUGUUUCAGUUUGUUCAGCUGUUUUUGUUGCCGAGCAACAUACAGUCCCUGUGGCGUGUCCGACUACGUAUACGGCAUCAGCUCACUGUUCGACUGCUGGAGCUGCGAAGGUUCGACUGUAAUCUGAGUGUUUGAAUAAAAUAAAUGAAUCUGACACUUGAGAAAUAUUGUUUGUUGCUGUAACAACUGGUGAUUAUUUAAAGAUACUGAUUUGUUGUUUUUUUUGUUUAAGCUGAGAAGUUGAUUACAUGUAAGAUAAUUUUGUACAACCUCGGAUCACGUUAGGUGUAAAUAAUAGCACCAUUUAAAGUGUGUUCUAUAAAUCUAAAUGAACUGUCUGUUUAACUUAUUCAUUCAGUAAUUAGGCUGCAGCUUACAUUACUUUCUCAAAGCCACUGGUGAUGGUCGACAUCCACCUCCUUGUGUCCUGUGCUUGUGUAGCGAUAUAUUCUGUUGAUUUUUUUUGUGGCAAUCGAAAAUCUCCUGAAUGUGGCCCCGCGGUGUCUGGAACUGACUGAAUUGUUGAUUACGUCAGACAUCUGCGAGGCCGUGUUUACUUAGGAAGCAACCUUGGACUGUAUGAUUUGACUGGUGUUUUUCUUCUGGAGCGACUUCUUUCCUGGGAUGAAGCGGGUAUAAUGAAUAACUUUUAUUAUUUUAAUUACCAACAUGUGAAUCUUUUUAUAAAGAAAAAAAAUGUUUCCUUUAA